CGCUCCGCCGCCACUGCCAGAGAGCUUCCCGGUGGCCCCCGCAGUGCCAGGCUACGGCUGGCCCCGGGUGGGUGGCACAGAGCGCCGUACCGCGGUCACCGGCUCACGCCGGCGGAUGAUGAGAUGUACCAGCGGACGCGGGUGAUGGUGCUGGAGCCGGAGUCCCCCAACAUCAUGUUCAUCGAGGGCUACAGCACCCGCGGCUUCACCAUCAGCGGAGACGUGGUGGUGGGGCCCUGCGCCGUGCUGCCCCGCAGUAUCCUCCAGUGGAACGUUGGUUCCCACCGGGACAUCUCGCACGAGAGUCUGUCGCUGUUCCGGCUGCUGGAGCCCCAGAUAGAGAUCCUGGUGCUGGGCACAGGGGACAGGGUGGAGCGGCUCCACCCAGCCACGCUGAAGCAGAUGCGGGAUUGCGGGAUUGCUGUGGAGGUGCAGGACACGGCGAACGCAUGUGCAACCUUCAACUUCCUAAUGAAUGAAAGGCGCCUGGUGGCUGCUGGGCUCAUCCCCCCGCGGGGCACCUACGGGAUGUAGGCACUGCCUGCCAUGCCCAUGGU